CGUCGUAAUAACAGUCUACGAAAUGUCUGCAAUUCAACAAAUUGUGAAUUUAAAGGCAUUGAAAAAACCUCUUUUUUUUUUUUCCUUGGGAUUGAAAUUUCCGGAAAAGGAGGUCAGUGUAUCACUUGUUGUUCCACGUCUGCGUCGUAAGCCGCAAUCAGGCCAAAACACUGUAACUCUCGCGUGAUAAUCUACACAUGCACUGCCGAGGUUAUUGAAGGAUAGUCGACAAAAUUCCGCCAAGGUUAAACUCGUUCCACUUCCUUUUUCUUAGGUUGUGCCCUUAAUUCAAAUCAAUUGAUCAAAGUUGAGCCAAUUGAAAUCGAUUAAACUGCUAGGAAUGAUGUGUCACGAAAUCACGUAAAGUUCAACAGUCUUAUAACUAUAUAUCUACCGUCCAAGAGUUUUUACGUAUUAUCCGUAUGAAAAGCAAAACCAGUUUCCCACUUCAUCUGAAACGCACCUAGGUCAUCCUUUUUGGUUCACAUUCUCAGGCCAUAAACCGAUGCCAAAAAAAGGACCAUUGCGUAUUAGCCUUGCCACUGCGAAUUAGAUAAGGUAGACAUUGCAAGGCCUUAUGGUAAUAGUGAUACUAUCAAAAACACUAAGCACGCUAUUAGCCUCUCGCGUUCGGAAUAAAACUCGGACAGUCUCGCUAGAAAGGACUCAUUAUUUCCACAACCAUAUAGAUGAAACGACCAGUGCAAUAAACACCGCCAUGACUAGCGUGUUAAAUACAAUGAUUUUUGCAGCUUCGGUUCUUGUGACAAUAUUAAGAGGAACAGAGAGCUUCCCCGUCGGUCGGAGCAGAUCGCUUGUCAAUGAAUCUCGUAAUUUAAGAAUGGCUAAGGGUGAUGUUAACCGUCCAUUAUUGGCUGACAGCCAUCGACCUGCCGGAUACGAUGACAAGGCAAAGAACCUUGCCCGAGUUGGAACCUACCAGUUUCCGUUGCGUGAUGAUUCAAUUCCUACCGAAGUGGAGGCAGUCAUCAGCAUUCAAGUCACCAAAGAGGAUAUUCAAAAAUCAGCCAACACCAGGUUAAUCAUCGAGCAAGACGAUAACGCAGUUGACUCAUUGGAACCUCAUAAUAACGGACGACCGAAUCAAGCGCUGGAUUUAGAAUUACGUCAUCUUCCAACGAAAGGAUUCAUUGAACCAGAGCAUUGGUUGCUUGUUAAGGAUUUCGUCAUGGACGAUUAUUUGUUUGGAGAAUUGGACUCGUCCGCGAGAGAAUUUUUCUUGCAACGGAUAUUGACUGGCUUGAUUUUGAGUCAGCAAACAAGGUGAAAUACAAUUGGCUGUCAUUUAUUUAUUAGACUGCAUCGUGUGGAGUGUUGGGCGUUCUCCUGUCGAGCCAAUCAUCACGCCACGUGACCGUGAAUCUGAUUGUGUACAAAUAUUUUGUCUCACUUUUCUGUACAGUAUUACAUCAAGCGAAAUACAAAACAGUUUCUCUGUUA